AUGGGGUUGAUGGAUAAACCAAGGAGAACCCACCAUUAAAAGUCAAAGAAACCUGAAUUUCUGAUGAAAAAUCAAAGCAAAACCAAAGAGAGCAAGAGGAACAGAGAGAUGGGUCUUCCUUCAAAAUUGGCAACAACGAUCAUAUUAGCAUUCUUUGGUUUCUUGUUGUGCUCUGUUACUGUUACAAGCGUUCCCAAUACAGUGGUUCAGACUGUUCUCUGCAACACUGUAGUGUACUCAAAGGGUGAUCCUUUUGGCAUAAGUCUAAGCUAUGUUGUUGAAGAACUACAGACUGUGACGCCAACAAGCAAGAAUUAUGACUACUACAAUAUCUCUCCUUAUCCAAAUGCUUUUGCCUAUGGUCAUGCUGCUUGCAACCAAAAUCUCACUUCUUCAGACUGCGCAACUUGUCUAGAUGCAGCUAAAACAACCAUGUUUUCCGCUUGUCAAAGCCGGAUUGGGGCUCGUUCUGUGCUUCAAGAUUGCACAAUUAGGUAUGAGCAGUAUCCAUUCAGUGAUUAAGCAUCGAUCUGGGAUAAUCACAGAUUUUUGGGUUUUUUGAUGGUUGGUCCAAAUAUGUCAAUUAUCAGCCACAAAAGUGCAUUUGUCCAACCUUAUCUCCUUAAAAGGUCUCAUUCAUAUUCUAGUUUGACAAGGUUUCUUCCUCCAUUCUAUCCUUCUCUUGUGUAAUUUUGAACUCUCGUAGAAAGAGAGAUGUCUGUCUGUCUGUCUGUGCAUUGAGUGAAGAUAAUAAAUUAACAAUGAUGGAUCUGUGAGGGCUCAGGAAAAACUGCAGAAUUGCUUUCACUGGAAUUAAAAAGAUUAUUAUGCUUCC